UGUCUGCCGCUGUUUCGUUUCUUGAUCAUGUCAGGCCGCGGCAAGCAAGGGGGCAAGGCCCGCGCCAAGGCCAAGUCGCGGUCGUCGCGCGCCGGGCUGCAGUUCCCGGUGGGCCGUGUGCACCGGCUGCUGCGCAAGGGCAACUACGCGGAGCGCGUGGGCGCGGGCGCGCCGGUGUACAUGGCGGCGGUGCUCGAGUACCUGACGGCCGAGAUCCUGGAGCUGGCGGGCAACGCGGCGCGCGACAACAAGAAGACGCGCAUCAUCCCGCGCCACCUGCAGCUGGCCAUCCGCAACGACGAGGAACUCAACAAGCUGCUGGGCAAGGUGACGAUCGCGCAGGGCGGCGUGCUGCCCAACAUCCAGGCCGUGCUGCUGCCCAAGAAGACCGAAAGCCAUAAAGCGAAAAGCAAAUAAAACCCUGGCAAACCAAGGCUAAAGAUAAAAGGCUCUUUUUAGAGCCACCCACUAUCUCAAAGAAAAGAGCUAGCGCGCUGUUACCAGCCCUCCCUUUGACACUU